CUUUUGUUCGGAGAUGCUUGAACUGGAGUGAUGCCAGGUCCAUUUGCAAGUCAGAGAGGAGCGCCUGCCGGCAAAGUAGUCUGAGCCACAGGCACCAACUGCAGCAGAGGAUCUGUCUAGAGUAUUGUUAUGCAAGCAGGAAGGCAGCAGUCCCACUUUGAUCCAGACAUCGGACGCAGGCUGAGGUGCUCCAGCGCUGGAAGCUGCUGUUCGGUGUUCCAUCUGUGAAUCUGCAUAUCGGACGGUAGACUGGCACAGAGCUCGCAGCAGCCUCUCUACACAGUUAGCUCACGGGAAGGAUGAACAGACGGACACCUGACGAUCAUCACUCUCAGCAUCCCACGUGUUUUGAGUUUCCUUUGCACUUCUUUCCAUCUCACUAAGUUUUGUCAGCCUCCUUUUAGAUCUCAGUCCACUGACUGUCAGCAACCAUGAGCGGUGGAGCGAAUAUCAAAGUCAUAUCUCAAAGCCAGAGUGACGCUGGUGUCAGCUCGAGUCUGCCUUUGCCGAGAAGCAUGAUGCCUCUCUCCAAGAUGGAUCCCAAACAGCAGUACAGCGCCCAUCCCAAUCCCACAGUGCAGUAUCAGCACCCUGCCAAACCACGGCCUUCAUACUCUUCAUCAUCUGCUUCUUCAGGCCCUGCAGAGCUGCUGAGAGGUACAGCUUUCAAGAACCACCUGCUGCAGCAAAAGACCAGCAUGUUUUCUCAUAGGAGCCCAGCGGUUACAGAGAGAACAGAUGGAACGUGCUCCGCAUACAGCAGCCCUCAGGUGCCAAAGCGGCAAGUCCCACGCUCCAAAGACACAUUAGACCUCAACAACAGCAUGCUGACCCAGAAGGCUUUGAGAGACCUUCAGCUGAGGAGAAACACAAACAAGAACUGGACCUUUGGGAAGUAUCGUGUGAGGAACAUGGACAACGUACAAGAAGGCGAAGCCAUCCACCGGCUCUCAGCUAAUGUUCAGUCAGGCCACGGACGAGGACGUCUGCUUCAUACUAAAGCUGCAAAUGGGAAUGACGUCCCAGGGGUGUCUUCAGCUGGGGUGGAAAACUUCACAAAAGAGAUGAGGAGAUUCUCAGACCAUGCCCUGGCAGCUUCUGAAGGAGAAGUGUUCAGUAACAAAUUAAAGCCUUCUAAUCAAGCAUUCAACAUGCCACGCAGAGGGAGCGAGCCAGGAAAAAUCAGCAUGGCUGCUGUUGCUCCUUUCAGGUUCAGGUUUCAGGUUCACGAGGACAUAGAUGCCACUCUGGAUGACCUUAGUGACUGCUCCUCUGACUCCAUGGAGGUCUGUUGUGAUGAUCUAGACCCUGAGUCUCAGAGGAAACGAACUGUGCAGAAUGUCCUUGACCUCCGCCAGAAUCUGGAAGAUACGAUGUCAAGUCUGCGAGGCUCCCAGCUGAGCCAUAGCUGUCUGGACAGCAGUAAUGUGGGUUAUGACAGUGAUGAGACCAACGCUCGCAGCAUAUCCAGCCUGUCCAACCGCUCGUCCCCUCUUUCAUGGCGCCACGGCCAGUCUAGCCCCCGCCUUCAAGCUGGCGAGGCCCCAUCGUCCACCGGUGGAGGAUAUCACGGGGGUAAGACCGGUUCCCAGUACACAGCCCACACGAUGCCAGCUCGCUGCUCCAGUCGCCUCAGCAGCACGUCUCGCAUCGAGCUCAUCGAGGGUCUAGACAUCGACGACACCGACCUCAAAUCUGGAUACCUGAGUGACAGCGACCUUCUAGGAAAGAGCCUUCCGGAUGACGAUGACGACAACCUGGCUAAUGGGUGGGAUGAGAGCAGCUCCAUCAGCAGCGGGCUCAGCGAUGGUGAUGGUGAUGGCUCUGAGAACUUCAGUUCAGAGGAGUUCAACGCCAGCUCCUCUCUUAACUCCCUCCCGAGCACACCCUUGGGAUCAAGACGUAACUCUUCUGCCAUGCUCCGCACUGACGCAGAGAAGCGCUCCCUGGUGGAAAGUGGACUUUCUUGGUACAGCGAGGAUGGCAAAGCCAGCCAUAAGGCUGAUAGCUGCAGCUUUGACACAGGCAGUCUCAAAACAGAGGCCCCGAGCAAGUGGAGAAAGAAGCCUCCAAGCCUCAGUGAAGAUUUUGGGGUUAAAGGGGAGCUGAAAAAACCUCAAACUCUGGGUCAACCAGGAAGUCUUAAAAAGGGCAGAAAUCCUCCUGUGGGUGUGACCUCCCCCAUCACCCAUACCUCCCAGAGCAUGCUCAAAGUCGCAGCGCAUAAAAGUGAGAAGCCACUUGACAAAUCCAAGAUUUCCAUUAAAACUGCUGGUCUGCAGCGGUCUCGUUCAGAUGCUGGCAGGGAUCACCAUGGAGACCACCGCAAGCCUCCGUCAGGUCUAGUUAAACCCACUGCUGGAGCCUCCUUUGGCUACAAGAAACCACCAACAGCAACUGGUACCGCAACCGUGUUGACAGCAGGUGGCACCACCAUCUCCAGCGGCUCUGCUACGGUGGGAAAAACCCCCAAGUCAUCUGGUAUCCCUGUGAAGCCAGUGGGAGGAGGAACACCGUCGGGUAGAAAGAACAGUUUUGAUGCCAGCAGCGAGCAGGGCUUCCUGGGGCCAAAUAGCAGAAACAGCAUUCAGUACCGCAGCUUGCCUCGACCAGCCAAAUCAAGCACACUCAGUGUGAUUGGUCGCCCUGCAACUCGUCCCGUCAGCGGUACUAUUGAUUCCAAUCUGUUGACUUUGAAACCUGUACCCAUGGCCUCCACAGGGCCCAGGGUUAAAGAUCCUAGUAGCUGCAGCAGUAAAAUGACUAAUCGAACAAGCUCAGGCCCAGUGAACCAGACAGACAGAGAGAAGGAAAAGGAAAGAGCCAAGGCCAAGGCUGUGGGUACUGACAUGGAUUGUGCUUCUCUGAAAGGAGAGGACACCCAGUCUGAGUCCACAGGAGAGUCUGUUGUGAAGCUACAUGGCCUGAGACGGACCAGCAGCAGCAAAUACCCUGAACUGUCAUCACCCACCACACCAAGGAUGCUGAACACCAAGUCUCUCGGUCGUCCCCCUAGCUUGGCUCACCUGGACAAGGUCAAUUCUAAUAGUCUUGACUCCUGUGUGACCAUCCAGGACCUUCCACCCAAAGUCCCCCCUUACUCCAAACUUCAAGACUUGGCUGGGUCUCACACAGCUAUGCGCCUCACCCCAAGCCCAGCGCCUGUCCUCCACAUCGAUUGUCCCAGCUCCUAUACCAGCGAAAGCCUGAGUUUGAGUGGAUCGCCGAUGCUCUACCCCAAACUGUCUGGCAUGCACCGCAGUAUGGAGUCCCUGCCUCUCCAGAUGAGUGUACCCUCCAGUGCAAGGUUUGUCAGAAUAGACACGCAUGACAAGGAAGAAAGAGAAAGAGGAACAGGAACCUGGGGGGCUGGAAGCAGGACGUCCCUCAACCUCACCGACAGCCUGCAAACAGACCGGAACACUUUGCCGAAGAAAGGCUUAGAACGCUAUGGCUCAAGCCUGUCCGAGAGUGAUGGAAGCAAACCGGGAAGGCGCCACUCCCACAACAUAGUCAGCAUGACAGAGAGCGAUAGCCCCCCUCAGCUGCCUUCUCCAACCCGUCCCCUCCACCCCUCCUCCAACAAGACUCCUCUCACCAACGUGGUUGCCCCAAUUUCCAGCGGCACCCCGAGGAUAUCACGCUCCAACAGCAUAGGCCCCCCCAGUGAGUCGGCCUGCGAUCUCUACGGAUCCUCCCCCCUGGGCAGCAGUAUGUCGCUGGCUGACCGGCCAAAAAGCAUGAUGCGGUCCGGUUCUUUCCGUGAACCGGGGGAUGAUGUGCAUGGCUCUGUGCUCUCUUUGGCAUCCAAUGCUUCAUCCAACUAUUCCUCGAAUGAGGAGAGGAUACAAGGAGAGCAAAUCCGCAAGUUGAGACGAGAGCUGGAAUCUUCCCAGGAAAAAGUUGCCAACUUGACCAUGCAGCUUUCUGCUAAUGCUAAUCUGGUAGCUGCAUUUGAACAGAGUCUGCAGCUGAUGACAGCACGCCUGCAGACACUGUCGGUGUCCUCAGAGCAAAAGGACUCUGAGCUCACUGAACUGAAGGAGACCAUUGAGAUUCUGCAGAGCAAAAACACAGAAGCCCAGGAAAUCAUUCAGGGGGCCCUCAGUAAUCCAGAUAUCACGCCUAAAGAGCUGCUGAUCAAUCGCCAAAACUCCUCAGAGAGCAUCUCCAGUCUUGCCAGCACCACAAGCCACUCAAGUAUGGGCAGUUUCAAGGAGCAGGAGGCCAAGAAGAAGAAAAAAAAGAGCUGGUUACGCAGCUCUUUCAACAAGGCCUUUAGCAAGAAAGGCUCCAAGUCACCUGGGCCAUAUGCUGACAUUGAAGAGAUCGCCACUCCAGAGUCCUCGGCACCUUCCUCCCCGAGAGUCCACCAUGAUGGAGAUAACCGUCCAGUUUCAAUGGAAUCCUCAGCGUCUGCAUCAUCGGCUGGACUGUGUGAAGGUGGAGAGGUGCCGGAUGAUAAGGUUGUAACAGAACUACGUACUGAACUGUGGGAGAAGGAGCGUAAACUGACUGACAUCCGUCUGGAGGCUCUAAGCUCCGCCCAUCAGCUGGAGCAACUGCAGGACGCAAUGACCAACAUGCAGAGAACUGUUGAGAAUCUGAAGGCUGAGAAUGACCAGCUGAAGACAGGCAGUUUGUCCCCUUGUCCAUCCCCCGGGCCCUCCAGCUCUGUCUCCCAGUCCUCUGGUCUCACUGCUCUGGGAAGCUCAUCGCCCCGACAGUCAGUAGCCGUGCACAUGCCCAAAAGCUACAGCAGAGGGCUGAGUGAGGGCAGCUCAGCAGACAUCCACUCUGCAGAUUCUCUCAGUUUGUCUUCACAGAGAGAUGAUCAUCGUGUUCGGGUGGUGGUUUGUGUUGCAGAUUUACACGUCUUUAAAGAUCAGGAGGUUAAACAGCAGGACUUCUUUGUGGGCACCGUCAGAGUGAAUGGAAGGAUGGACUGGGUCAUGUUGGACUCAGCUGUCAGCCAGGCUUUCAAGGUGUACAUUGCCAAAGUGGACCCCACCUCCAGCCUGGGCCUGUCUACUGACUCCAUCUACAGCUACAGUAUGGGCCACAUUAGGAGAGUCCUCGGAGGAGAGGCUCCUGAGACACAACCCUCUCGCUGCAUGUCCCGAAGCCCCAGCAGCAUUACAGUGGCUCUGAAAGGUUUGAAGGAGAAGUGUGUGGACAGCCUGGUAUUUGAAACUCUCAUUCUUAAACCCAUGAUGCAGCACUACAUUAGUCUUCUACUCAAACAUCGCCGUCUCAUCCUGUCUGGGCCAAGCGGAACGGGAAAAACCUAUCUGGCUUCCCGGCUGGCUGAGUAUCUAGUGGACCGCAGUGCCCGCGAAGUCACAGAUGGCAUCGUGGUCACUUUCAACAUGCACCGCCAGUCAUGCAAGGAUCUGCAGCUUUAUCUUUCUAAUCUGGCCAAUCAAAUCGAUCGGGAAACCAGUACGUCAGAAAUACCACUGGUCGUGAUUCUGGAUGAUGUUCAUGAUCCGGCUUCCGUCAGUGAACUUGUCAAUGGUGCUCUGACCUGCAAAUAUCACAAAUGUCCCUACAUUAUUGGAACAAGCAACCAACCAGUAAAGAUGACGGCAAACAACAGUCUGCACCUCAGCUUCAGGAUGGUGACUUUCUCCAACAAUGUGGAGCCGGCCAAUGGCUUCCUGGUGCGAUAUUUGCACAGAAAAAUGAUGGAAUCAGAAGAUGAGAGCAACUUGACUAAUGAGGACCUCAUCAAGGUGUUAGACUGGGUCCCCAAACUGUGGUAUCAUUUGCACACCUUCCUGGAGAAGCACAGCACAUCGGACUUCCUCAUUGGCCCUUGCUUUUUCCUGUCCUGUCCAGUCACAGUGGAUGAGUUUCGAUCCUGGUUUAUUGAUCUUUGGAAUCACUCUAUUAUUCCGUAUCUGCAAGAAGGAGCUAAGGAUGGCAUCAAAGUACAUGGCCAGAAAGCAGUAUGGGAGGAUCCAGUGGAGUGGGUGAGGGGCACCCUGCCUUGGCCGUCUGCCCAGCAGGACCAGGCAAAGCUGUUCCACCUACCUCCUCCCAGCAUCAGCAGCUCCAGCAGCCCCUGUCAGCCCAGCGAGGAGAGGCCUCAUAAGGAGACUCCACCCAGCUCCAUGGAAUCUGAUCCUCUGAUGGCCAUGCUUUUGAAACUUCAAGAGGCUGCCAAUUAUAUUGAAUCCCCAGACAAAGAAGACCCUAGUCUGCCUAAACUUUAAACACAGAGCUUACACUUAAGUUUUUUUUUUUUUUGUUUUGUUUGCUAUACUGAUGCUAGCCCAUUCAGGAACAAAUGGACCUUCAUAAAUGGUUGUAGGGCAAUUUAAACUGUCAUUUCUGCAGUAGGGCUUUGAAAGUAUGACCUGUGAUUUCCAUUUUAACACACACAGUAUUAAAAAAAAAUGCUAACAAGUAUUGAAUGAAACAAUCCGUUUCUUACCGAUAUGUUUAACAUUGACUCCAUGCAGUUCAGAUCCCUGUAUCACCACGCUGGCCCUCAGUACUCUUAGAUCGGUGCUAACAGACCACUGAAAUCCAUUCUCUCAGUACUUCAACUUUCAGGGGACUUCUAUGACAACACUCAUUCCAAUUUUGUGCUCCAGUGCAUCAUGGGAUAUUGAGUGUUUGUCAAAAGGAGCUAUUCUCAAUUAAUGGUGAUUCAUUUUGGAAAAGAGUAUGACAGCAUGACAGAUGCUACUGUUUAUUGCAAAGUUCUUCGGUACAUAUCUACUGUAUAAGUCUUUGAAGGCCAAAUCUUAUACAUAUGCAAUCCUGAACUUUACAACCCAAGCAGGUGAAACAAGUAAUAUGCCUUAACAACAAAGACGUCAGUGUCACCUCAACUUUAGCAGAAUCUACUGGUGCUUUCAUCACUAUCUACAACAGUCAGAAAUCAGUUCGUUCUUCAGCUCUAUAUAUUAUUUAUUUCAGUUAUUUUUCAGAAACUCGCCAUAUGUUCUCACAGUUUUCCAUCUUUUUAAAAAUAAUUUUCAUGGUUUAUAAGUUGAAAAAUUAAACUUGCUGUCAUACUCUUUUGCAUAAAACAAAAUGCAUAUAUCAGUGAUGGGAGCUUGUCACUAUGUCGGUGUACAGGCCACUUUUUCCAAACACUUACUUUUGUUUUAUUCGCUGCUCUAUGUGAAACAAGCAGUGUCACCAAUGUUGCCAUAUAUAUCAGGUAUUAGAUACUUAUUACACAGGGAUAAUAGAACAUAACAAAUGCUCUCUUGUGAGAACAGACAAAACAAAAGCUAUCUGAAUCCAAGUGAGAUUCAGAUUCAUGGAUUUUCCGUAAUGCUUAUCCAGGAAAGAGCACAUUUGUUUCAGAUCUUUCCCCCAAUAUUCAGAAUAGUUAUUGUAUAUAUGAUGUUCAGGCUACACUGCAGUUAUUUUAUCUCUAUCAGUUGGUGCAAAUAUCUACUGAACCAAAUACUGUACUUUAAUCAUGCAUAUUGACUGUCACGUUAGGGGUUUAAGUUUAACUAUGAAUGUAUAGAAAACAAAACAACCGUAUAACAGUGUCAAUCAUGUAGUAGGUGCUUUUUAAAGGAAGCCUUAUCAAAGUUCAACUGCAAAACAAUGGCUGAGCAGAGUGACUUUACAGCCACCUAUGCCCAUUUCAUUAGCUAUAGUUCAUGCUCGUUAAUAAUCUCUCACCAAUCAUGCGUCUUAACAGCAUUUAGGUACAUGGUGCUCUUUAAAAUGUCCCACACUGUUUUAGCAUCAAAUAAAUAAUCGCAUAGGCGUUCUGGAUAGGUUAGCAAAGAGUUUUGUGUCAUUUCUGUCAAACACUAAAGAAACCUAAAAUAGAUUUGGAAGUUCAUUUCUGAUAUUUUGUAGUAGGUGUUAUUGCAGAAAUAUAUGUAGAGACAGUGAAGUCCUGUAAGACGUUGUACAGUGUGUACUGAUGUUGAUGUCGUAUAGUAUUCAUAUCUGAGAACAUUUUGGGUACACGACAGACACAAAUGACAGCAGGUUCAUAUUCUAAUGGAAGAGUAAAAAGCAGAAGAUUUAAAUACUUUAUAAGGUACUUUGUGUAGAUUUUUGUAAAGAAGCCAUUAUGGAGCAAAUGACAGAUAAAAUAUAUGGUUGUGCAAGUGGUGUUGAAAUAAUUCAUCAUCCCAAACUGUGUCAUUGUUGCAGUGCUCAGACUAAACUUCACACAAAGUAAAUCCUGUAAAUGAAUGUCAGAUCACGUUAAUGACAGCUUGAUGAGAAAGUUUCACAUUUUAAAUUGUGUCUGAGCUGCUUAUUGCUUUGCUAUUGCACUUUUUUGAAUAAGGCUGAUAAGAAAUCUGCAAUCUAAUAUGCAGCUGGUCACAUGCAAACUGAGAAAAAAUACAAGUGAAUUAAAGACAUCAAGAGCCAAAAGAUGCAUAUGGCUUAGUGACUCUCACUGUGCCAAGAAAUCCAUCCAUUACUGUAAAUAUUUCAGGCAUUAGACAGUAUUACCGGCCCCACUCUGAUCUGUUCCUGCAGGUUAACUAAAGCCAUCAGCCUCCAGCUUCUCAUCUCUUUCACUGACUGUUGUGCCUGUUGCUCUGUAGUAGCUGUGAUUUUUGUUCACUUACUAGUGUAUCGAGACUAUGUUGCAACUUCUACUGGUAUUGGCAAUCAGCAAAUGUCUGACCAUCACAAACAAAUGCAGUGUGUUUUCAUCUGGUCUGUCUUUGAGUUCUUAAAUUUGGACCAAAUUACACAACAGGAUAGAAAGCGGAAGCUUGUUUCAGCCAGUGAUACUGAGCCUUAAAGAGAGGGAGAUUCGUUUGAUGUGGCGAAGAAGACAGGGUUCAUAAACGUAGUUAAAGAAAUUCAGCAGUUUGAUGUAUUUUGUCCUUAUGAAUGUCACCAGAAGUAAUGUAACUGGAUAUUUAAAUGGUCAAAUGACAAUAAACUACAACAAAAAAUGAUUAAAAAUCAAAUCGUGGGCUGGAUGUAGUCGGCAAGAAUCAGCACUUCACUGUUUGUGUAGUUGAUUCUAAAUAGAAUUAUGCCAGAUAAAGAGAUAAAUCUGAUAUCGUAGGCCAAUACAGGUUGCUGAAUAGUCAUAUUUUUUGCAAUGCUUGUGGACUUAUCUAAAAUUUAAAAAAAUUGCUAUGCUGUAUCUAAUGUCACUGAUGUGCAAAUGUUAAGGGUUUCUAAGUGUUGAAAAUGCAUGUAAACUUGCUGUGUGAUGAGAAAAAACAAUGUUAACAUUAACGUAUUGUUUAGGGAAAUCAUUCUAGAAAGUGGUUUCCUUUUUAAUAAUCAGAUAUUUGAUAUUUCUUUUUUUCUAAAGAAUCCUUUGUAAAACUUAAUUUCUCUAUUUUGUACAGAACAUCAUUGUAAAGACUGUAAAUAGGGCAGCAUUCUGGGUGCAGCAACACUCAUUGAAGUGUGGUUGGGGGGGGGGCAUCCUUGAGAGAAAGGUAUAUUUCUUCAGAGUUGGGUCCAAUACAUGGAUAAGGCAUGCUUCUGAAGGCUUUCAUCCACCUAUCACUGUUUGUUGGAAUUAAUAAAAUACAUGUUAUAUUCA